AGCCAGUCGAGGAGUGGAUGCUUCACGAAAAUAUAAUACUAAUAAUGAUAAUGAGAAUAAUAAAACGGAACGACCAAAGAAACGUGCUGCACUAGGGCUUUGCGAGAGAUAGCCACGUACCAGCGGAGUACAAACCUCCUUAUAAGGAAGGAAGCUGCCAUUCUCUCGAUAUAUCCGUUAUAUUAUGGCGACGUCACUUGGUCCGAGAUACUUAACGUUUCGUUGGCAAGCGAUAUGCUUUCUGGCCUUACAAGAAGCCGCUGAAGCAUUCCUCGUGAGCUUAUUUGAGUCGGCUCAACAAUGUGCAAUUCACGCUAAACGUGUUACAGUGAUGGCUAAAGAUGUCAAGCUAGUGACAGAUUUACAAAACAUUCCAACUGCCUCAGCUUAUCAACAAUUGCAAUUGACAACGUUGACGAAUAAUCGACCAAUGUUAACGGCAGCACCCUGUCCAUCGAAUAGGAAGAAUCGGAAUAAUAACAAUGAUAACGAUAGUAAUGUCAGAUGAUGACUGUUUUCUAGUUGAUUUUUGUAAUUUCAUCAUCACUGUUUUUGUUGUUGUUGUUGGCGCUGCUAGUGAUUUGGUUUUAUCUCUGAUCCCCACUUCGUUUCACUUCUCUUCUUGUUCCAGUGUACAUAAUCCUUGCCCACAUUCACUCUUUGUGAUAUAUAUAAUCUCCAGUCAACUUCUAUUGUUCUUCCACUUUACUACUGUUCUUUUUGCCCCACAUUUCUGUUUGUUACCUCUCCUUUUCUCUCUUCUUGUGUGUGCUACAUGGACAUGGAGUGUGGAAACUGGAACUGCUGCACAUCUGUGCAAAGUUCUAGGUUGGAACUAGUCAGUCAAUAAUCCUCCCCCACUCCUGCCCUCCCUGCCUG